AUGACGGACACAAUCUCAUCGACCACUAAUAUCCCGCAUGGCAAUUCAUCUAAACCUGCGCGAAAAAAGUAUGAAAGAACUAAAGAGCGAAGCAAAGUUACUCAAGCUUGCGACCAAUGUAGAAAAGGAAAAGCUAGGUGCUCUGGCAAUUUGCCAUGUACUAAUUGCGUUUAUGAUAAGAAGGAUUGUUCUUACAAUCACGCCUAUGCUCGUGGUCGAAGAACUAAAAUUCUUCCAAAUCCAAACUAUAGACCCGACCCCCAACACAAAGUCUUCGUUGGCGGAUCUAACUUGGCCACUUCUGAACCUCCAAUGGAAAGAGAAGACGAGCAGAUGUCACCGGUAGUAGGUUCAUUAGGCGAGAAUCUAAAUUUCAAUCAAAUGAUGCCACAACCUCAACAGUCGGCGAGUAAUAGUCCAGUUGCUAACUUGGUCCAACAAGCUCAGCAGAUGUUUGACCCAAAUGCACCUGUUUCUGUUCUUACAUACGGUGAUCUACCAAUACCUAUCAGUCAACCUGGAUUGCUGACUCUGCCAAGUCCUGAUGAUGGUGCUAAACUUGUUCAAAUUUAUUUUGACAAGUUCUCCCCAAGUAUACUCUAUUUCCAUCGACCUAGUGUUGAGCGCUGGACAGAUGAGUUGUUAGAGGCUGGUAGCAAUCUCUUGCAACUGGAUUAUCUUAAAAGCAGGAAUGCCAUCGUUUUUAUGAUCUUUGCUUCGGCUCAAACUUAUCGUGCGAAAUCAGAAUCGUUGGACAUCAGUAUGCUCCACUAUCAACUAGCAGACGAGCAAUUGCAAUCUGAAACUGCUCGACUUCUCCAAUGUUACUAUCUUGCUGCUAGAGGUCGAAUCAACCAGUGUUGGACCACAUUUUCCAAUGUCGUCAGCUUGAUCUUCACGCUUGGAUUAAAUAGAUAUUAUAGCAAGAGAGGCAUUGUUGAUUUAAUUGAGGUGGAAUGUCAAAAGCGAGUUUUCUGGGCAGCUUUCUUUCUGGACAAAUUUUUGAGUUAUGCUUUGGAUAGACCACAACGUCUUAAGAUUGAUGAUAUUGAUCAGGAGUUGCCAAAGAUUAUCAACGACAGACAAUUCACCCCCAACAACCUCAUCCCUGCUUCUCCAGAUGAUCUCUCCACAAACCUUGCAUCUAACCUUCAAUUCGAACUUUCAAUAAUCGCAAGUAACAUCCUCGACCAAUUCUACGGAUUCCGCAAAUAUGAACCCGAAGAACGUUUCGACCUUGUCCAAUCCUACCUCACUGGCAGCUUUCCCGCCUGGAAGGACAAAGCAGCCUCACUAAUUCAAGCUUUACCUGAAAAUUUAGAUGAGGGGCAAAAUCGGCAAAGAUCUGAAUUGUGGUUGUCUUAUCACCAUACCAAGAUUCUCCUCCUUCGCACUUACCUUCUCGAUCCUAAUUGCGAUGUGGCGAAAGAUGCAAUGAUCGGCAAGCUUACAAACGCGUGUAAAUACAUUUGCGAUAUGGUGCAGCCACGUCCUAAGGGAUUUGUUAAAGAAUCUGAGGAAACACUUUUGAAACAUGAGUUUCCAUUAUAUGCGGAUUUUGUUAAAUCUGUCGCUUUUAGAAGUGCUUGGUUCCCCCAAUACAUCAUCUUCACCGCCGCAACCGUAACCUACAUCACAGGUAUCAAAACCAUAGCACAAAUAUGCAAACCCGACAAUGAAAUCAAGCGCAAGAUCGAAAUCCUCCACGCACCUCUUAAGAAAAUCGCAUUUCCGGGUUCAUUCAUGGGACUAUGUGUUUCUGUUUUGGAUGAGCUAAAAGUUGCGGUUGAAGGGACGAUUUGGCGCCGGUUUUCCAUGCUAGAUGGUGAGGAAUAUGAGGAUGGUGAAACGGCGGAGGAGCGCAGGGAUCUGGGGCGUUAUCUUGUGAUGGCUAGGGAGAAGUUGGAGGAGAGUGGUGAGGAUUGGAAUGAAGAUCUGGGUGCGGGUAGAGAUCCAUCUCAUGUUAUGAGUCGGUUUCGUUCUUGGGGAUUUGCGAGACUUACUAAUCGGAUGAUGGAACGUGGAUUGUAG